AUGCGUGCGUUUGUCGAGGAGAAUGAGAAAAAUGACCCAUUGAUAAAUGCUCCGGAUAAAAAGAACAAUCCGUGGGCAGAAAAGGGCAAAUGUGUCAUUAUGUAAUAUUAUCGUAAACCACAAAAAUACCCUAAUAUAAAACAUCAACAACAACAACAACAAUAUAAUAACUAUCAACAACAACCAAUUAAUAAUUAUAACAAACCUAGCAUCAGCAAUAAUAAUAGUAAUAGAA